UCGGCUUCUGCUUUCUUCUUCUUCUUGCCCUAAUAUUCCCACUCUUUUGUUUCUAUUUUCUGCUAUUGCUUGGGAAGCAAAUUUUCCCGAGAAAAUAUCAAUUCGAAGAGGGCGAAACCCUCCAACGCUUAAGAAUUCAGUUUACUUGCUGAAUUCCGAUGGUCGUACGUCCGAUCGAAUUUUCUCUCCUGCCUUAAUUUUCUCUAAGUUUUGUAAUAAGUUGAAUUUCACCGAUGGGUUCGAUGAACCCUGUUGUCGUUGAUGUUAGCUCUGAUGAAGAGUCUGAUCCUCGAUUAGACGACUUUGAGUGGCUCACAGAGGUUUUGCAAGCCGUUAGUGAGAAAUCGGGCAGUUUUGAUGAAGUGGAGGUGGUUUCCGAGGUGAAGGGUGACUCAAAAAGUAAGCAUCAGAAGUCAAAGCCGUUGAAUUCGACAGUGGGUGAUGAAGAAGACGACGACGAUUGUGUGGUUUUGGACGGUGAUCCCGAGAAGACGACGGCGGCGGCGGAGACUGCAGUUGACGAUGAUGAUAACGCGGCGGAGAGUGAUGAGGUGCUUGUGGUUGGGCAAAAGGGUGAGAUAGCAUGUAGAGACUUCCCUCAUCCACGGCAUUCUUGUGCUAAGUACCCCUUCAGUUCAACAUCACACGAAAAAUACUGUGACAUGUGUCAUUGUUAUGUAUGUGACAUCCGUGCGCCAUGCCCAUAUUGGUGUGUUGGAGUUUCCAGCAUCGAUCAUUGUCAUGCCAAUGACAAGGAGGACAUUUGGAGGAAUCAACGCGAGUACUUCAGGACCGGAAAGAUGCCUUCCAGACCGGUAUUAAAACCUCCUCUGGCUCGGGUUCCGUCAAUGGUUACCCAAGUUCAUUCAAGGAAUUCUACUUCGAGUAUCAUAAGGUUAUCCCCACAAACUUUGCCACGAAGCCAGGUCCCGGGGAUACAGGCUUGCUCCUCGUCCACUGGUUUUCCAAAGGUUAGAUCCAGUCGUCGGAUCGGGCAAUCAAGAUCCAUCCUACAGAAUCACGGGUUGCAGCAUCGAUCCGUGAUGUUACUGAGCGGUGUUCGCAACAGUGUCAUCCAGAAAAGUAGAGGUCAUUACGUCGGUCACCUAAGGUCCCGAGUAGCCUCUUCCACGAGCCUGAUACCGGAAACUCCACAGGCGAGUGGAGCCGGGUUUCUCUCUAAAACGGGCUAUGCUCCAUUGAACGAUCAUAACAACAUCGGAAAUUAUUGUAAUACUUCUCAAGGUUUACAAUGUACUCAUAGUUCUCCUCUGUUGGCAGAGGCAGACGGGUGGCGAGACCCAUACACCCAACUGGGGAAUCGACAGCAGAACAUGACCGGUUACUUCUCGACCGUGCCAGUGCCUGAUCCUCUAAGCCAUGUGUUCACUCGGCAUCCGGACCAAAACCUUUCUGAAUGUGGGAAUCAUCAGAUUGAGACAAAUCCAGAUCUGUUUGCUUCUGCAGAAACUCGGAACCCUGCAGUGGCAGCUGGUUCGUGCCAUCAGACGUUUCAGCAACUGGGAACUAAUAAUGGCUCGGUGCAGGGCAAGUUCUUGUCAGAGUUUGAGGCAUGGCUCAUGGACAAUGCAACCGCCGGAGUUAGCCCCUCGGCCGAGCCGGUUGGUCCAGAGGAAGGGGCAUUAACGUUUGAUUUUGAAACUUUCUUGAAUAAUUGACUUAUUGGGGAUUAGGGAAGAGGAGUGUUGAUGUUUUAUACUAUAUUUUGUAUAGAUUUAUGAGAAGAUUGUUUAACUAACAGUCUGUCGAAUUUGGAAGAGUGUACGUUGUAGCCAAGAUGUGUUUGCACUUUGCGCGUUGAAGAUUAUC